GGGGUACAACGGGUGCUGAUUUUGAGGGCAAAAAUGUAUCGGUUUGGUUUUUAUACUUUUGAGAGCUACAGCAGGAUGUGGCCUUCAAAUGUAUCCUUCAUGAAUGGAUUCUGAACUAUUUGUAGGGCCAAAAAAACAUUUGGAGGUACCAGCUCAAGUGAGAGGACAUUCCACUCCUUCUCGGUUGACCAUUAGUUCCGCAAUGGGGGGGAUUGCAGUUUUUACAUGAGCAACGUGGAAUCAUACAAUAUCUACGCAGCAGCAUCAACAAAUUCAGUCAGCGGUGUUGCAUGUGCUUUAAAUCCAACUCACCUUUGUCUUGUCCGCAGCGGUGCAAAGACAAGCUGAACUCGCUGGCAAUCUCAGUGAUGAACCAAUGGCCUGGCGUCAAGCUGCGGGUCACCGAGGGCUGGGAUGAGGACGGCCACCAUUUCGAGGAGUCUCUCCACUACGAGGGCCGGGCGGUGGACAUCACGACGUCGGACCGCGACAAGAGCAAGUACGGCACCUUGUCCAGGCUGGCGGUGGAGGCUGGUUUCGACUGGGUCUACUAUGAAUCCAAAGCCCACAUCCAUUGCUCGGUGAAAGCAGAAAACUCCGUGGCGGCCAAAUCCGGAGGCUGCUUCCCAGCAUCCUCCACGGUGACACUCCAGGACGGCUCCACCAAGCCGAUCAAGGACCUGCAGAGCGGGGACAAGGUCCUGGCAGCGGACGGCGACGGCAAGCUCCUCUUCACGGACUUCCUCACGUUCAUCGACCGCGACUCGACCACGCGGCGGCUCUUCCACGUGGUGGAGACCGACGCGGGCCAUCGGAUCACGCUGACAGCGGCGCACCUCCUCUUCGUGGUCACCAACUCCACCCGCGGAGCUUCGGCGGUGUUCGCCAGCCAGGUGCGGCCGGGCCAGGAGGUACUGGUGCCGUACGGCGCGCGCCUCCGACCCGUGACCGUGGCGCGGGUUUCCACGGAGGUACACGUUGGCUCGUACGCGCCGGUUACCGCGCAGGGCACGCUGGUGGUGGACCGGGUGCUCGCGUCCUGCUACGCCGUGGUGAGCAGCCAUGAACUGGCCCACUGGGCCCUGGCCCCGCUCCGGCUCGCCCAUUGGGUCUCAUCGGUGUUCUCCGGCUCGCAGGCCGGCAACUAUACGCAUGAAGACGGCGUGCACUGGUACUCCAAGGUGCUCUAUCACUUAGGAACGUGGCUCUUGGACCCCCGCGCCUUGCAUCCACUCGGCGUGUCCAGCUGAAACCAGACUUGAGGGCCAGACUCUUUCUCACACACUCACACACACACACACACACACACACACACACACACACACACACACACACACACACAUUCAUAAUAAAUACAAAUAAAAAUACAUGUAGGACUCUUCAGUAGAUUAAAUAAUAAUAAUUAAAAGAGGAAAAAAAAAACUCGACAAAGGCCCCAUGCAGUUGGAGUUGAUGACGGGAUAUUUAUUAUUUCUGUGACUUUUCUAUAUGAUGAUGACGACGCGUCCCCCCUUUCAAAGAAUGAAUGGAGCCUUAAAAAAAAAGAGAGAGAGAGAAAAAGUUUGAAUAAUUUAUUCUCACACGAACUGAUGGCUGCGGUGAAAAGUGUGCAUAAUCUAUUUUUGUAUGUGUCCGAUGCAAGACCGACGAACAACGAAAAGACAAAAAAAAAGGUCAAUAGUGGCAAAGAAGACGAAGGUAACUCAUGACAGGUUGUAAUGUUCAUCAUGUGCACGCGCGCACACACGCUUGCGCGAGUGUAAGUAAGUGUGUGCGUGCGUGUCCAACUGACUGUUAUAUUUGGGGGAAGAAACACACUUGGCGGGGUUUCAUAAAUUAUAUUUUUAUACACAGAAUUGUAAAUUAGAUUUUGACAGAUCGCUACCGAAUUUGAAAUAGUGUAAAGACAUGAGAAUAUAUUUUAAUUUAAAUAGAGUAGUAUUGUGGAAAAAAGUGUUGGAAAAUGUAAAAAAAAAAAAAAAAAAAAAAAAGUAUUUUUUGGGGUUGUCAGAGACGGACAGAUAUUCUGCCUCAUGUCUGCAUUCUUGACUUUGUGUUGCUAUUAUUGUUUUUAUUUUUUAUUUGAUUUGAUUGUGUUCGUUUUCCUCUGAGAAAAAAAAACAACAAAAAAAACAAACAAAAAACAAAUGCAGAUUCUGACAAUUCGAGAACAGUUCCAAGCCGUACUGUUUCAAUGAAUAAAUUGAUAAGUAACUCAUGUAAAUGUA